AUGCUAUAUACAAACUUGUUACGCCAAAGUUCGAAAUUCACCAAAAAUAUAGCUGCACAGCCCAAUUAUGGUCCAAAAUCCCCAUUAGUGAAAGGUAGGCUGUAUACUAACCUUCUAGUUACAUCACUGUAUGGAACAGGUCUGGCAUGUUUAUAUCUAGAAUCACAGAGCUUGAAGAAGUCCAAAACGAAGCAGUACCCUCUUGCUAUCUCAAAAGAUGACGUCGUAGAUAUAGUCCACGACGCACCAAAUAGGAUAUUCAAACCAACACUUAGUACACAGGAAGAGGAAGUGCAAGAUUUGGAGGGAAGUGACCUUCAUAAAGUAGUUCAUUCUCUGACUUAUAGUGAUGUCUCUCAAUUCGCAAUCGCUUGGGGGUUUCUCAUUCAACUAUCGAACCUCAUCGGCAACUCUUCAUUGGGCAGAAAAUCUAUAUUUUAUAGGGGGAGUGUUCUUAGCGUUAUUGGGUUUCCGCCCUUGAUUUAUAUGGCCCUCAGGCUUAGAAUGAAGCAACUGCAGAAAGUUGGAGUUCAUUUUGAAUGA